ACAAUGACACCAGUUCUUGGGUUGAGCGAAUAGCGCGAUUUAUCUCAAAUGAUGACACAGUUAAGAUCUUUACUGGAAAGGUGUAACAGUCAUCAGGCGCCGGGCAACUGACGACUCCAGGCGUGGCAAUAUGGACCCUCCCACGAACAGCAGCCACAGCCAGCAGCCUCAGCCUCCGCCUCCGCCAGUCACACAGCACGGCCUGGACACAGUCGUGGGACAAUGUGGUAGACCAACGAUACGAAUGCAGUUGUGGGCUCUGCGCAAUGUUUUCAUAGUUUUCCUGAUUCCAUUAGUGCUGCUGCCGCUUCCUGUCGUAGUGAAUGAUCCGAAAACCGACUGCGCCUACGUGAUCUUGGUGAUGGCCGUGUUCUGGGUCACGGAGGCCGUGCCCAUCGCAGCCACGUCUCUCAUCCCCAUCUUCCUCUUCCCCAUGAUGGGACUGCUCUCAGCCAAAACGGUGUCAGCAACAUACGUCAACGACACGUCUGUGAUGUGCUUUGGGAGUCUCAUUCUGGCCGUCGCCAUAGAAACCUGGGGACUCCACAGGCGUAUAGCGCUGCGGAUCCUGGUGCUUGUUGGUGCAGAACCAAGACGGUUGAUGGCGGGGCUGAUGGCGGUCACGUGGUUCCUGUCCGUGUGGAUCUCCAACACCGCCACCACCGCCAUGAUGACUCCCAUAGUGCUCACAAUUCUGCAGCAACUGAAGACUUCCGGUCAUGGCGGCCAGGACAAGGAUAAGGACAUCGAGCAUUCAAGUAACUCUUACGAGCUGGCGACGCUCGCUCCAGACAACGACCCGGGUAAACCUGCCGAAGGAGACGUUGACUGUAAGGAAAGAACCGCAGCAGCUCAGCGCUCCCCGUCGUCCCCCACCAGCGAAGACGAGACCCUUCAUCUGCGCAUGUCCAAAGCCCUGUCGCUCAGUAUUUGUUUUGCUGCCAACAUUGGCGGUAUAGCGGGGCUCACGGGGACUGGGUCCAACGUCGUGUUGAAAGGCCAAACCGACAUCAUUUUCGCUAACAACAACGUCACCUCCCCCGUCACGUUCAGCGCGUGGUUGGUGUACGGGGCCCCCCUCUCCCUCCUCGUCCUCAUCCUCCUGUGGUUCUGGAUGCAGAUCUACAUGCUCAGAUGCAGAUGUUGCGGCACAUUCUCAAACCAGACCGCUACCAGAAGAGUCAACGACGCCCUAAAAGAAGAAUUAAAGAAGCUUGGACCGAUAUCGUUUCCCCAGUGGUGUACGAUGAUAUUCUUCGGACUUCUCACGGUGCUGUGGGUCACGAGAGAUUUCGGAAACUUUGGCGGCUGGGGACGAAUUUUUAAACCAAAGUUUGCGUCAGACUCGACCCCUGCCAUCUUCAUCAGCUUUCUGCUCUUUAUAUGUCCCGCUGAUCCCCCGUUCUGUUUUCGGAAGCAAAAUGAUGUCGGAGAACCAACGUUCCGGCCGCUGCUCACCUGGAAGGAUGUCCAGGAGAAGAUGGCAUGGUCACUCUACCUUCUCUUCGGGGCCGGCUUCUCGCUGGCAAAAGCAUCUCAGGAGUCCGGCCUCUCUGACUGGAUUGGGGAGAAACUGCAGGUGCUUGCUGAGCUGAAUCCGUACCUCACGAUGCUCAUCCUCUGCUACAUCGUGUCAUUCGCCACACAGUUCAUGAGUAACGUUGCCCUGGCAACGCUCAUUAUGCCUAUAAUGGCCAAAAUGGCCAUCAACAUCGGCUUCAGCCCCCUCUUCUUCAUGUUCCCCGUCACCGUAGCAACAUCAUUCUCCUUUAUGUUGCCAAUAGCAACGCCUCCAAACGCCAUCGUGUUUUCCUACGGAACAGUGGGCGUGGCGGACAUGGCGAUUAGCGGUUUAGUCAUGAACAUCAUAUCCGUCCCCGUUAUCGUCUUGGCAACAGCGACGUGGGGAAACGCCUUCUUUGACCUUGAAAUCCUCCCCUCAGGCUUUGUAAAGGGACCAACAGCCAUCUCCCACUUGAACGCUUCAAUCUCCAACACGACGACCUGACAACGUCUUUCUACAAACAGCCACAACCAUUUCCCGCUUGAACGCUUCAAACUCCAACACGACGACCUGACAACGUCUUUUACAAACAGCCACAAGUAUCCCAUCCUGAACGCUUCAAACUCCAAAACGACGACCUGACAACGUCUUUCUACAGACAGCCACAACCAUUUCAUCCUGAACGCUUCAAUCUCCAACACGACGACCUGACAACGUCUUUCUAUAAACAGCCACAACCAUCUCCCGCUUGAACGCUUCAAUCUCCAACACGACGACCUGACAACGUCGUUCUACAAACAGCCACAACCAUUUCAUCCUGAACGCUUCAAUCUCCAACACGACGACCUGACAACGUCUUUCUUCAAACAGCCACAAGCAUCUCAUCCUGAACGCUUCAAACUCCAACACGACGACCUGACAACGACUUUCUACAAACAGCCACAACCAUUUCAUCCUGAACGCUUCAAUCUCCAAAACGACGACCUGACAACGUCUUUCUACAAACAGCCAAAACCAUCUCCCGCUUGAACGCUUCAAACUCCAACACGACGACCUGACAACGUCUUUCUACAGACAGCCACAACCAUUUCAUCCUGACCGCUUCAAUCUCCAACACGACGACCUGACAACGUCUUUCUACAAACAGCCACAACCAUUUCAUACUGAACGCUUCAAUCUCCAACACGACGACCUGACAACGUCGUUCUACAAACAGCCACAACCAUCUCCCGCUUGAACGCUUCAAACUCCAACACGACGACCUGACAACGUCUUUCUACAAACAGCCACAACCAUUUCAUCCUGAACGCUUCAAUCUCCAACACGACGACCUGACAACGUCUUUCUACAAACAGCCACAACCAUCUCCCGCUUGAACGCUUCAAACUCCAACACGACGACCUGACAACGUCUUUUACAAACAGCCACAAGUAUCCCAUCCUGAACGCUUCAAACUCCAAAACGACGACCUGACAACGUCUUUCUACAGACAGCCACAACCAUUUCAUCCUGAACGCUUCAAUCUCCAACACGACGACCUGACAACGUCUUUCUACAAACAGCCACAACCGUCUCAUCCUGAGCGCUUCAAACUCCAACACGACGACCUGACAACGUCUUUCUACAAACAGCCACAAGCAUCUCCCGCUUGAACGCUUCAAUCUCCAACACGACGACCUGACAACGUCGUUCUACAAACAGCCACAAUUAUUUCAUCCUGAACGCUUCAAUCUCCAACACGACGACCUGACAACGUCUUUCUUCAAACAGCCACAAGCAUCUCAUCCUGAACGCUUCAAACUCCAACACGACGACCUGACAACGUCUUUCUACAAACAGCAACAACCAUCUCCCGCUUGAACGCUUCAAUCUCCAACACGACGACCUGACAACGUCUUUCUACAAACAGCAACAACCAUCUCCCGCUUGAACGCUUCAAUCUCCAACACGACGACCUGACAACGUCGUUCUACAAACAGCCACAAUUAUUUCAUCCUGAACGCUUCAAUCUCCAACACGACGACCUGACAACGUCUUUCUUCAAACAGCCACAAGCAUCUCAUCCUGAACGCUUCAAACUCCAACACGACGACCUGACAACGUCUUUCUACAAACAGCCACAACCAUUUCAUACUGAACGCUUCAAUCUCCAACACGACGACCUGACAACGUCGUUCUACAAACAGCCACAACCAUCUCCCGCUUGAACGCUUCAAACUCCAACACGACGACCUGACAACGUCUUUCUACAAACAGCCACAACCAUUUCAUCCUGAACGCUUCAAUCUCCAACACGACGACCUGACAACGUCUUUCUACAAACAGCCACAACCAUCUCCCGCUUGAACGCUUCAAACUCCAACACGACGACCUGACAACGUCUUUUACAAACAGCCACAAGUAUCCCAUCCUGAACGCUUCAAACUCCAAAACGACGACCUGACAACGUCUUUCUACAGACAGCCACAACCAUUUCAUCCUGAACGCUUCAAUCUCCAACACGACGACCUGACAACGUCUUUCUACAAACAGCCACAACCGUCUCAUCCUGAGCGCUUCAAACUCCAACACGACGACCUGACAACGUCUUUCUACAAACAGCCACAAGCAUCUCAUCCUGAACGCUUCAAACUCCAACACGACGACCUGACAACGUCUUUCUACAAACAGCCACAACCAUCUCCCGCUUGAACGCUUCAAUCUCCAACACGACGACCUGACAACGUCGUUCUACAAACAGCCACAAUUAUUUCAUCCUGAACGCUUCAAUCUCCAACACGACGACCUGACAACGUCUUUCUUCAAACAGCCACAAGCAUCUCAUCCUGAACGCUUCAAACUCCAACACGACGACCUGACAACGUCUUUCUACAAACAGCCACAACCAUUUCAUACUGAACGCUUCAAUCUCCAACACGACGACCUGACAACGUCGUUCUACAAACAGCCACAACCAUCUCCCGCUUGAACGCUUCAAACUCCAACACGACGACCUGACAACGUCUUUCUACAAACAGCCACAACCAUUUCAUCCUGAACGCUUCAAUCUCCAACACGACGACCUGACAACGUCUUUCUACAAACAGCCACAACCAUCUCCCGCUUGAACGCUUCAAUCUCCAACACGACGACCUGACAACGUCUUUCUACAAACAGCCACAAGCAUCUCAUCCUGAACGCUUCAAUCUCCAACACGACGACCUGACAACGUCUUUCUACAAACAGCCACAAGUAUCUCAUCCUGAACGCUUAAAACUCCAACACGACGACCUGACAACGUCUUUCUACAAACAGCCACAAUCAUCUCAUCCUGAACGCUUCAAACUCAAAUACGACGACCUGACAACGUCUUUCUACAAACAGCCACAAGCAUCUCAUCCUGAACGCUUCAAUCUCCAACACGACGACCUGACAACGUCUUUCUACAAACAGCCACAAGUAUCUCAUCCUGAACGCUUAAAACUCCAACACGACGACCUGACAACGUCUUUCUACAAACAGCCACAAUCAUCUCAUCCUGAACGCUUCAAACUCAAAUACGACGACCUGACAACGUCUUUCUACAAACAGCCACAACGUUCUCAUCCUGAACGCUUCAAACUCCAACACGACGACCUGACAACGUCAACUGUGUGAUGACAGUUACAUCAGCAUCAUCGAGCAUGUAGAGAGGAUCAAAUAAAUGAUGUUCGAAUGAUAACCGAGUGAGUGGAUAUUGUUUAACUCCGCAUUAAGUGAUAUUCAAAAUACAAUAUUUUUUAAAGUGAAGUUUACACCAUAUCAGCUUUCCCUUUGAACAAGAAUGCGGCCAAAAGAGUGCGAAACUGACUGUCCGAAGUCACCUGUGAUGAUAAAACAGUUUUUGCGUCUUGGCAUCCACAAGUCGUGGAAUUUACAUCAGGGGCAACGAAGACCACGCUCCUGUGUCAUUGAGCCUCUAUGAUAAAAUGGUA